UAGGUCAAGAGGCUUUUGUCGGUGAUGGAUCUCGAUGGAUAUUAGUUGGAAGUCGUUGUAGACGAUUUGGUUUCUGGAAGUUGGGUCUGCCCCACAAAAAUUUGGAAGUUUUGCUUAGGACUAAUUGUCAUUGGAUUUUUAGUUGCCGUGUACUCGAUGAUUUGGUGGGGAGUUAGGUGAUUCGGAGGUGAAAGGAAGCAUUUGUAGAGGUUGAGAUUGGUUUAGCAAUGGGAGAGAGGGUGGCUGUUAAGCGCGUCGUUGCUUACAUGAAAGGUCGUGAGGAUUUAUUGCAGAAUGUGAGAUGCGUGCAGCAAAUUGGAGUGCGAUGGGCUUCUGGUGGCGCUGCGAACCCCUCUAGAGAGGCCAAAGCGGCUAGUCCUUCAAAAGUGGUGAAGAAAGGUGGUGCUGCUAAAGACGAAGGUACCGAGAAGCGCGAUAAAUUCGCCAGCAUUCUUCAGUCGUGUUUGGAUGCGCCGUCGCCGGUGCGGCACAUGAAGGAGCGGGACAGACUCCGGGAGCUGGAAAGAGAGAAGCUGGGAAUAGUUAGCAAGGGGAAGGAGAGGGCUUUGGAGAGAGACAAGGCCAAAGCCAAAGCCGUCGCGAAAGAGAAAAAGAAAGCAGACAAACCAGCCGCAGAGAGGGAAGAUGCAACUGUUACUGUCGAACAAACUGAGCAACAACUGGCAUCGUAUGAGUUGACGAAAGAACAGGGCAUGAAAUUGGCUAAGGAGUACAGCAAGUUUCUUAUGAAGGAAGCUAGGUUGAAAGCUGCUGCAGAAAAUGUGAGAUUACAGUUGAAGAAAGACGCCAUUGCUGCUCUUCCUGCACACCUCAGAGAAAAGGCCUUGAUACCAGACUUCACCCCAUUCCCUCCCACUCGGAUCCCAGCCUCCUUGACGCCACCAAUUCCAGGAUACGUAGAAGAGAUGACAAGGUCAGCAGAACAAUCUGCCAAAAUCCAAAAGAUGAGAUAGGUGAUCCAAACUUCCUGCAAGGUUAGUCUCGAUCAGUGCUGCUUCGUUGGGUCACUGUUCCUUUUUGCAUUUCACAUUCAACCACUCCGGAAACUCUUUUCCAGUGAGACUUGGGCCUCAUUCUAAUAAGCAUUGCAGUGCCUGUUUGAAUCUGCUAUUGCGUUGCUCACUGGGUU